CCCGAGCCCCGCGCCGCCCAGGCGGGAGCGCGCGCGGGGAGCGCGCCUCGCAUCUUUUGUGUGUUGGGCAACUCGCCCCGGAGGAGCCGCGCGGGGAAGUCUCUUUGUGCGCGCGCCCUUCCCCCCACCCAGGCGGGGGACAAUGUCUCAGCCCCGAGGCAAGAAGAGAAACCCUGGGCUGAAAAUUCCUAAAGAAGCAUUUGAGCAACCACAGACAAGCUCCACGCCACCCAGAGAUCUGGACUCCAAAGCCUGCAUCUUUAUUGGUGAGGAGAACUUUGAGGUGAAGGCCGAUGACCUGGAGCCCAUCUCCGAGCUGGGACGAGGUGCGUACGGGGUGGUGGAGAAGAUGCGGCACAUGCCCAGCGGGCAGAUCAUGGCAGUGAAGCGGAUCCGAGCCACGGUGAACAGCCAGGAGCAGAAGAGGUUGUUGAUGGAUCUGGAUAUCUCCAUGAGGACAGUGGAUUGUCCCUUCACCGUCACCUUUUACGGGGCACUUUUCCGAGAGGGAGACGUGUGGAUUUGCAUGGAGCUGAUGGAUACCUCACUGGACAAAUUCUACAAACAUGUCAUUGACAAAGGCCUGACGAUUCCUGAGGACAUCCUGGGGAAAAUCGCAGUCUCUAUUGUCAAAGCACUAGAACAUCUCCACAGUAAGCUCUCCGUGAUCCACCGAGAUGUAAAGCCCUCUAACGUGUUGAUCAAUACGCAGGGGCAGGUGAAAAUGUGCGAUUUUGGGAUUAGCGGUUACCUCGUUGACUCGGUUGCUAAAACCAUGGAUGCAGGAUGCAAACCCUACAUGGCUCCUGAGAGAAUUAACCCGGAGCUGAACCAGAAGGGAUACAGCGUCAAAUCCGACAUCUGGAGCCUGGGGAUCACCAUGAUCGAGCUGGCCAUCCUGCGCUUUCCCUACGACUCCUGGGGGACGCCCUUCCAGCAGCUCAAGCAGGUGGUGGAGGAGCCGUCGCCGCAGCUCCCAGCGGAGAAGUUCUCAGCGGAGUUCGUCGAUUUUACCUCGCAAUGCUUGAAGAAGAAUUCCAAAGAACGGCCAACAUACCCAGAGCUUAUGCAACAUCCUUUCUUCACCCUGCACGAAUCCAAAGAGACAGACGUCGCCUCUUUUGUCAAGCUCAUCCUGGGAGACUGAGAACUGGACUUGUAAAAGAAUUGCCCUUCUGUGGACUGGUGGGUGCAGGGGAGGGGCGUGUGGCAGGACUUGUCAUGGAAGCACCAACAGAAAGUCGCCGUGUUUUGUUUUGUUUUGUUUUUAUUCUGAGAAACCCCGCCUCGCCCGAGCUUUUUUAAAGGGUUCUUUGGUAUCCAUAGUGACAUAGAACGAGCUGGUUAGUGGAAUGAAUUUUAAUAAGGUUGGUAACCUUAAAACAAAAACAAAACAACAAAGAAAACCCAUUUUGAAAGAGUGAUUUACAUAUUUAAUGACAGUCGAAGUUCCUCUUCCUAACUCGCUCCUCAUCCCCCUUCCCUUCCCCUUGAACCAGAAUUUGCUUUGUCAUGGUAAUAGGUGCUAUGGUAGUCAUGAAGUUGUAUGUAGAUUUAUAUUUUGUCCCUUACAUUAUUUUAAUAUUUAUGUUAAGUGCUUGAUGGAAUAGAUUUCUGUUUUAUAUGAGGAUGAGUGCGUGGUGACGAUGAUGAUGAUGAUGCAAAAUGAGGCCACAGCAAGCAGCACUCGUAGAGCUUGGCUGGGGAAAAGGUGUCCGAGGAGAGGAGAGAGGAGAGGAGAGCAGAGGAAAAGUGUCUCUGUUGCGGAAUAUAUUUAAUGUGCAUCAUAAAAGGAAUUGGUAAGCAAGCCUUGCAGCUCAGCUGCUCGAGCUGUGUCAGGGAGGGAGGCCACGGUGUCCCCUGUGGUCACCUCUUUCUGGACACCACGCUCCGAGUCUGGCCGGCGCUGCCCGGCCUCCAGCUGGGCCAGCUCUGUCCCACCGCCCUGCUCUGCUGGAGAGGGCGGGCUGGGAGCUCUGGGAAUUGCUGGGACAGUGUCUGGGACAAGAGGCCCGGAGGGAAGGAGGCUGUCAGAGAAGUUGCACAAAGACAGGAGGAGGCUGCCCUGGUCAGUGCCCACUGCCCAGCAGCGUUGCAGUGCCCGAGGCUCCCUUGGGCUGGGGAUGAGCUGCUUUGGGCCUCGAAGGGAGUUCCUCUCUCCUUCUCGGAGUGAGGCAGGAUCACAGGAUGCACAGCAUGACACCCAUGAAAAACGGGAUGUUUUAGUGGUGGUUUCCAGAGCUCGUGGCACUGCACUGGCAGCAAUCCCUCCAUGCUUGCUCACAGAGUCUGGGAGUGCCAGCGCUCCCAGGAGCCCGUGCUGGCACGUGGAUUGGGCUGUGUCCAGCUCCAGCUGGGAUGCUGCAGGCAGCCAGGAGCACUGGGCUCUGCCCUGGGCUGCAGGUGGGAGCUGCAGCCUGGGAAACCACACAAGGACCCCACAGCCCAUCCCAGCCUGGAGCUCCUUGCUGCUGGCCGGGUCCCUGGGGACAAGCUGCAGGCCAGGGGCAGGAGAAGGGGGCAGGUGAGGUGGGAGAGGAGCUGGAGAUCACCCUGCCCUCAGGUCAUGGGGCACUGUCUGGAGCCAGGGGCACUGUGCCCUGUGAGUGUUGCCGAGCCUGGCGAGGCCACUGGCUCCAUGUUAAUGCAGGUCUGAGCCACGCCUGCCCAGCUGCCUGGCCUGGCCAUGAGCUCCUCUGCCUUUGCCUUUGCCUUUGCCUUCUUCCCCCAGCCCUGGAACAGGGGCCUGCCUGUCUGUUCCAGCUGUCCCAGAGGCUGCACAAGUGCCUCGUGCCCUGCACGCGCUUCCAUCCCCACCCCUCGCUUGGGCACAGCCUCUGGGAGCCAGGUCUGAGCAGAAACUCACCUUGCUCUGCAGUACUGAGCUGUGCAGGACAUUGUUCCACCCUGCUCUGCCAGGUUAGCAGCUCCAGACUCUGCUGGCGUAUGUUGGAACAGCGUGAGCAGAUUUUGGGGAGCAAUCCCAUGGAAGGGCUGAUGGGGAGGGCAGUGUUCGGAGCAGGGGCUGUGGCAGGGGUGCUGGGACAUGCCAACACUUUGAAGAGGCGCACAAAGACACCGCCAGUGCCUGGGCUGCCACUGUCACUGCACCACAGGGGUGGCUGUGAGCCUGGAAUGGUGCAGCUCUGCCCUGGGGCUGGCAGUGACAGAGAUAGGAGAGCAUUUGUCGGGAUUUAUUGAUCCUUGUGCCCUCAGCUGCAGAGCAGGGGGCUCAGAGAGGGCUUGCAGGAAUCAGGGUGUGAUUCACAGGCCGUGCAGGCUUUGGGGAGGAAGUUCCCCUUGCUCAGCCCUGUCCCAGGAGCCUGCCCAGCCCUCAGUAGAGGAUAAGCUCCAUAUCCCACUCUGUGCCGAGGGGAACCUUUCAGGUUACAUUUUGUGGCGGAUGAAACACGAGGAUGUUUUACUUCACAGUGUAAUUUUAAGAGGCCUCGCAUGGCUCAUGAUCUGCCCUCUCAUAUUCCAUGGUGUGUGUGUGUGUUUCUCUCUCUCACUUUCUCAGAGUCACAGAGCUGUUUUGAUUGAUUGUCCUCAGCUGCAGCUGAAAGUCCAGCCAGCCAGUUUAUAGACUUGGUUCCAGCAUCAAUUCUCGCUUUGAAAAACAUGACAUUUAAAACCACCCUUUGGUUUUCCUACAUAUGGAUCUGAUGCUUUUGUUAAAGAUUGUUUUUGCUGCUUUUCCCCUGCAAUAUAAGUCUCGUUUGGACACCGCAUCUCCUUGACCUCAGAGCACCUUCAUUUCAGUGCCAUUGCAAUUGACAGGUUGAAUUUAUGAGAUACUGUCAAAGUUCAGUAUUAAUAGCAGAUAUUAAUGUCACCAGCGUUUUCCAAUAGAAAAUUAAUGGCAGUGUUGUCUGCAGCUGGUAACCCCCUAAAAGGAUUCCUCCAUGCCUCCACAAAGGGCUUGCUUUUAUGCUCUCUGCUCUUGCACUGCUUGGGCUGCCAAAUCCCUUUGUUUUAAUGACAUGACAAUAGGGCACUCAACAAAUCACUUCCCUUCCCUGCUCCUUCUCCAUGACUUUGUUCCUUUUAAAGUUGUUUGCGUCAGCCCAGAGUAAGUGUGGAGCUGUCUGAGCAUGAGGAUGGGAAGUGCUGUGAGAGAUCCCCAGCGCUGAGGGGAGGAGCUGUGGCAGGGGAGGGCCCAUGCAGGGCUGUGGGGCUGUCCCUGCAUCCCUCAUGGUGGACACAAAGCUGGGCCUGACCCAGGAAUUUCUUAGACAGAAGCCUGAGCUUGGUGGCCUCAGCUCAGGGAGGAGAGCCAGGGACUCCUGUGUGCUUCAAAGCCCUGCAGACCUGCUGGGCUGCGGGAUGAAAGUCAGGCUCUUGUCUCUGCCGUUUGAUUGUAACCUCUGUGAAGAUAAAAAAAGCCUUUGGUCGCUGCUCAGAUCUUUGCUUGGCCAGAACACGAGCACAGCCUCGCCUGGGACAGACACAGGCUAAGGGAUAUGAAACCUUUCCUGGCAGCCUUGCCCCCUGAACAGCAAAGCUUUUGAGGCUUAAGGAUGUUCUUCACAAAGGUUUUCUGUGUUCACGCAGCACAGGGCUGUGGGGUUGCCCCAAACUGGGAUUUUUAGAGAAGUGGGUCUCAAAUGCCAUAAACUUGAAAGAACCCCUAAACCAGGGAUCAGAGAGAGAUCAAAGCUGCCGGGAGCUCAGCACUGAGCUGUGACCUGGACCAGCUGUGGAUGGAUUUGCAGGGCAGGGAGGGCCUCUCCAACCUGCCACAGGUUAUCAGGAUUCAGGGAAGAGGCACAGGCCAUCCCCAGGGGUCCCCAGGUGUGAUGUCCAUCCUCUUCUUUCCCCCACCAUACAGCUCCUGAUGCUCCUGCAAUCUGCAGGAUGCUGGAGGUCUUGCCCUUGCUGGAGCUGUCACUGGCAGGAAAGGUGUUUUCUGGGUCCCCAAGAGCCUUUUGGUCCCUUAAAUCUGAAAGGGCAGUUGGAGGGCAUUUUCUGGUUGCUGUUUUUAACCACCAGGUUCAUGCUGCUGCACUGGGUGCAAUGCCCACCUUUCCUGGAGUUGUUCCAGGUGUACAAACCUUGACACAGAUAUCUCUGUACUGUAUUUCUGUGUUUCCCUGACUUUUGCCGAGUUUACUGGUGACAAAGAGGCAACUCUGACUUGUUAAAGAGGUGGAACAUCAUUUCUGGAGGCAGGUGUGUGACGGAGGAGGCAGUUGGUGGGUCCCUACUUGGAAAAAUCCCUAAAAAAGAUCUGCAAUUGAUCUCCCUGUUGUUCAGCAGGUGCUGCUGGGCCAGUGCUGCUGCACCUUGUCCUGGUGUGGAAGGGGCUGCCAGGGGCCAAGGGCAUGCACAGCCCCAGCUGGGAUUUCUCCAUGCUUGCUGCCAGCCAAGGGUGUACCUGCACGUUUCCCUUCUUCCCUACAAGUUCUGGAAGAGGAAAUCCUGCUUGGUCAAACAUUGCUUUAGUGGCUGGUCUGAUGUAGUUCAGACAAGGUUCCCACCACCUCCCUCGUUUAAUAGACCUCUUUUUUAUUCAAAACAACCCUCAAACUCCUCUCUCAGAAAAUCCAGCCAAGAUGCUCUUUUCCCCCCUCCCCCCCUUUUCCAUCUUGUUCCUCUUAGAGGAACUCUGGGAACCUCUUGGUGCUUUCACUCUUUCACAUGCCAAAGAUUGCUGCAUCCCCCUUAGUUAUGCUCCUGCCAAACCAGAUCUUCUAGUCUUGCCUCAAAAAUCAUCCACUUCCCCGCUCCUUGGGGUUCCUUUUGUUGCAGUUGCUUUUUCAUUGAAUUUCCUUGUGUUUAUUGACAUGUCUAUUGUUGAGCUUCCUGGACACAUGCAGCUCUCUUUUUGGGAUACAGGGAAAGACAAACAAUUGCCUUCACUUCUCUGCCCCUGCUGUUGGGGAAACACUGUCAGUGAUGUGAUUCCUACAGAUGGGAUGGGUCUCAUGUAGAGCUGGGGUCAUGGAGGGUGUAAACUGGCACUGCUCCACUGGCUUGGCUGGAAUGAGGCCAGUUUUGUCCAGCUGAGAAUCUGUCCUUGAUGUCCAAACAGUUAUUACACACUAAUAAAGAUUAAUGAUUGUAAAUCUCCACGGAUUAGACAUAAAAUGGCAAGUUUUGCUCAUUAAUCUUUAUUGCCAUGUUAUGGUUGUUGAUGUUAGAGGUCCUCUCUCUGCUCUGGACAUGCCCAGAGGUGGGGGCUGAGCCUGGGGAGAUGAAGGGUGGACAAAACACACCAGAUGUCCACAGGUUUUACACUCUUGUGUCCUCCCCCCAGGUUCCUGGUUUCCUUGAAAGCCCUUAACCAGCAGCAGAGGAUGAAUCCCAGAGCUUUAUCUGCUCCUCUGGCCUCUGCCUGGGCUAUAAAACCCAGAUUGUUUCUGGUGAGAAGGGAUCAGAUCUCCUCAUUAAUAUUUCAGCUCAGCCUCUGCUGGAGCAGAUGGAGAAUGUGAAAUUUGCCGUGUGCUCUGCAGAGCUGGGAGAUUCCCCCCUGGACCAUGGCUGGAGGAGUGGCAGCUCUGCUGAAGGCUGAAAGGACUCUGCUCCUUCACAUAACCCCACUCCAUAAAAACAGUGGGUUUUGUCAAUAAAUAGGGCCAGAAAAAGCUGCAUCUCAGUUCCGGGGUGUUUGCAGAUGCAUGAACACAGCCAGGAGCUGCUGGUGCUGGUGCUGCAGGCACAAAGGUCCGUUGCUGGAUAGAUGAAAAGGACUCUGAGAGUGCAGUGAACUUCAUGGCAUAGGGACAAAACGAGUCCUCUGCUGGGCAGCUGGUGUCAGUCCACCCUGCCAGGGAGGGUCUGAAGCAUCAAGAGAGGCCGGACACAGCCACAGGUCCAUCGAGGGCACAGCCUGAGAGCAGCCUGGUUGCCCUUGCCCUCCCCACAUCUUCCUUCAGGCCCGGAUCUGUGGGCAGUGGGUCCCAGGUUGCCACUGCAUCCCCAGUUCCAGCAAGGGGAGAAAAAUCUAAAUCCCAAAGAAACCCACGGGGAAAAACCUGCAAGUGAACAAAGACGUGUUGCUGCUGUGUGGCCUUAAACGAUGGGAAAAGCCUGGGAGAGGCCUCUGCAGCUGAGAGAGAAGAGGGGAAGCAUUUAAGGUGGUCUCUGACCGGCUUAAUGCUGGAAAUACCCAAUUUACAGCCCACCAGGAGGAAGGAAUUCGCCAGGGGCCCGCACUGCCGGCGGUGCCGUUCCCCUGGGAGUAGUUGGGGCAGGAUGUUUGUGAGGUGGCUCCUUCAGAGCAGCCCUGGGAUGCUGGAGAGCUCUUGGUCUCCGUGGACACCUCAUCCCACGCACCUUCGUGGUUGUAUUUGCAUGCCUGGGAUUUUAUUGGCAGCCAGCGGGAAGGGGCCUCCAUGCAGCUGUCCAUGGAGUGCUUUGGGAGAGGAGGGAGCUGCCUGUCCUCCCCAGUCCCUGCUCCCUAAUCCCACAGCUGGGAAUUAGCUAAACCAGCCACCCUGCAGGUCUCCAGCCCAAGCAAGACUUUGUCCCUUCGUUCGCUGCCGUUCCAUUAAAAAUCCCUCUGGGAAAGCCAAGCAGCUCCGGAGCUGCAGCAGCCCUGCUCCAAGGUGGCUCAGCCCAGCCAGCAGCCAGGAUGGGCCACAGUCCCUUCCUCGAGAGGCUCUUGGUUUUUAAAGGAUGGGGCGAGAGUCCAGCGGCCGCAAGGUUCCGUGGGGACAAGCCGGGAAAAGCUUGGAAGCGCCUGAAGUGCGCUGGAAGUGGAGAUGGAAAUCUCAAAAGAUCAGACGUCUUUCGGCGAUUUCCAAAGCUGUCUGGUUUUAGCCAGACCUGAAAACCCUUCCUAGAAGUUUUAUUGCAGGGUAUUUUGAUCUGUUACUUUCGCUUUUGGGCUUAGCUAAAUCCAGGAAACUCGGAAUAGUGUAAUUUUUGAAUAAAGACUAAACACACCCCAAGUAUUGCUGAAGCGAUCAGGAAAGCUGCUGCUUGGUUUAUCUUCCAGGAAUAAUUCAGGCCAGCUCAGGGUUUAAUUCAGUCUGGUUUUGCCCCUAGAUAAUGAUCCUUUUUGAGGAAAUAAAGAGAGCAGACCAUGGUUUUUCCAAAAGGCUGUGACCUGUCACGCACCGAACCGUUCCAGGAGGUGGAUGGAUAUAAAUGCUCCAGUGAGAGGGACCAGUGUUUGGUGGCUGGAAGAGCAGCCUGGAGUAUCCAGGACCUCCAAAAACUCACAUGGACAUGGUUUCCCCAGGAACUGUGUGACAGAGGUAUUGGGAUCUGCCACAUCUGGGAUUUUUCCCUCUAGGAGAGAACUUCCAGUCAUCUCGGAGUGUCCCGGAACACCCAAAACCCUUCACCAUUUGUGUGGGGUGUUUUUCAGGGUGGAUACCCUGAAAAGUCAGGAAGGACCAGGUGUCCUUGAUUUGCACAGCCAGAGUGAAGAAAUGUGGAUAAAGUGCCUCAUGAGAGCCAAAAAAGGGUUUGUUUAAAGAUAAAUCCCAGCCUCUGUCACAGCUGUUGAGCCAGGAUCAAAUUUUCCCAAAUCCAGGCCCAGCUGCAGAGCUCUCCAUCCAUAUUUAGCCCAAAUUUGGUCCCAAGUCCUGCAUAAACACCUGCAGCAUGGACUCUGCCUUCUGGGGGGCUUCUGGCAGGUUGGGGCUCAAAAUACAUCCCCCAAACCCAGAAUUUGGCUCAGAAUAUUCCCUUUAAAAUCUCUGUGUAAAGUGAAUUUCCAGGGCUCGGCCGCCGUUUUUAUUUUGGUGAAUCGAGUGGUUUGUGCUUGGUGAGAGCUGUCCCUGUGCCAGGGGCUGCUGGAAAUAGUCACAACAUACAAAAUAGCUGGAAUUCUGCAUUUUUUAGUAGCAAUACAACGAGGGGAAGCUGCUAAAUGGAGCUUCUUGUAAGCUGGAAAUGUGUUGGAGGAAAAUUUGUCAUUUCUUGUAGGAAAAAAAACAAACCAAACCAACUGUCUAAAAUUGUCCAAAAUCUUCAGUUUAAGGAAUUACAGUUUUAUUGGCAAAGCUCCAUGUUUAGCAUCAAUAGAUGGGAUUUCUAGACUUUCUGUCUUAAGGUGUGAAAUCUGCUUUUUCUCGAGAUGGUGGGAAAUCUGUAACAAGGAUAUUUCUAUAUCAUUUUGGCUAGGAAAAAAAACCCCCAAACACCAAAAUAUGAGCAAAAAAUGGAAAAGCACCCAGUUCCCAGUGGUCUCUGGUGUUGAAGAGGUUGCAGGCAAAGCACCUGAAGAUGUUAGGAAGGAGAAAACUUCCCACCCUUCUGUGAUGCAAGUCCUUACUUUACUUUAUUUUUAAGAUUUUUUUUUUUACAGUGACAUCAUUUGGUUUCUAACUGUGAAAGUCUCUGCUUUUCCAUACACGUGGAAGGCUGAUUAUUCUUUCUCAUGUUCUUCUUAUUUAUUAUUUAUCCUUUUCUGGUACUAUCCAAGAGGUGCUGCAGGUAUCUCCCAGCCUGCCCUCGAGCCAUGUGGAACCCCUGUGGUAUUGAUACUCCUGACAGCUGGGAUGGCAGUAGACAGCUAAUUAUGAUUUUAAAUUAUAUUUAUAGCAAUUUAGAUUAAUUUUUUUUAGUGUCCUGGUUUGCUCUAGAAUUAGGGAUGGGGAUAAGGAAUCUUGCUUUAAAAAAUUGUAAUUUUUUGAUUUUUCUUUUAACAUCUUGGAGGCUUCUGAAGAAACCUGCUCACCUUUAAUGUUUUUAGUAGGAGAAGCACGAGGUGGGUUUCAGUUGUUCCUUCGAGAGGGGAUUGAGUAGCACCAGGGUUCAGUUUAGCUGAUAAAAUGCUCUGUGUCACACCAUUAAAAUCACCCUGAAUUCUGACAAAGCAACCACUUCCCACCUGAAAAUUAAAAUCUGGUUGGUGACAAACUUGUUUUGUCCAAGGCUCAUGCCAGGCUUCUCUCUGUCAAAUUUCCAUGGAGUUUGCUGGAGCCACUGGGGUGGUCAGGAUUGCCCAAGGCAGGGCUGGGGGACAGCCGAGUGUCACCUCUGGGGAUGCAGGACACAUGUCCUGCAGAAAGGAUGGAGCAACUCAUGAGCAGCUUCUUGCUCUGUAGGGCAUGUAAGUGUGGGAGAGAGUCAGGACUGGAGGCUCAAAACCCAUCGGGUUUUGUUCUUUUUAUUCCCUUUCUCCCCUUGGAAAGGUGCUUCCAAAGCCUCCCCAGCCUUUCUGAUAAAGAGUAAUAGAAUCACUGAACUGCAGAGACAUUCAGGGUGGAAUAGGCCUUUAAAACCAUUGAGUUAACCAAAACCCCAGCACUGCCAAGGCCACCACUAACCCAUGUCCCCAAGUGCCACAUCCACACAUUUUAAACCCCUCCAGGACGGUAACUCAAGCCCUUCCCUGGGCAGCCUGGGCGCUGUGGUGCAGCUGUUUCCAGACAGCUCGCGCUGCUUCUCUGGUUUGUUUUCUCUCCCCUAUGUAUAAGAAACAUUGGGUAGCAGAAUGUGGAAUUGAUUAGAAGUUCAUAAAGCAGGGACUUCAGAAGGAUGUGGGUAUAAAUGCUUUUCAGGCAUCCGAGGUGAACUUUAAAUGGAGCUUUGGCCCUCAUUCUCUUUCUGCUUUUCAAAAACCAUUUAUGAGAAAGUGGAGCUGUCAAAGCCAUGCAUGAACUUUGCCUUCUUGCAAAUAACUUGUCUCAAAGUAAAUUGUCCAAAUGCACAAGAAACUUGUCUCAAAGUAAAUCCAGUAGCUCUACAAAGCUGGAAUUAUGUGCAUUAGACGGUGUGUGUGGUGUGUGUGUGUGUGAGCACGUGUUGUGCUUGGGGGGGUGCAGGGAGUGACUCGACCAUUUUGGAGAUUUAAAAAAACACAAUGCAAGUGCUUUUUCAAAAAAGAAAAAAAGGCAACGUAAAAUAUUUAUUUCUUGGCAGAAGUACAUCAGACCACAUCUCCCAUCCUUCUUUUAAUUGCUUGGAGUUUGUUUGUGUUGUCUCAGGCUUUGCUGGUUUCCUCCGCAGGGCUCUGUGCUGCUCGCAGCCUGUCACCUCACACAACCCCGCUCGCAGCCAGGCCACGGGGCAGCUCCAGCUCCUCGGGAGAGCCCCUGGGGUGCCAUCAGUGCAGCAAAGGCAGAGGUGGUGUUGGAUUAAAGGCAGGGCACUGCAGUGUGGGUGAUUUUCAAUUUUUAGCCUUGUCGAGGGAACUCUUUCCUUGUGAGAAUCAAAACCGCCACAUCCUAAGGCAGGACCCCGAAUCACAGCCUUGGGGAGGGUGUGUUGGCCGGACAGAGCAGGCUUGGAGAGUGUUACUGAAAAGGAAAGAGGUGCUGACAUUGGUGUGAGGUGGCACUGGGGUGGUUGUCAGUCUCCCCGUGGGCUUUGCCUACGGUUUGGAGCUGCCCCGUGCAGGAUGGACGCUCUGAGCUCCUGUUCCAGCCAGGUGCAGACACUGCCAGGUUCCAUCAGUCAGAUACUGCCAAGGUCACAGGGUUCUCCCUGUGCUCCAGAGUCCUUCCGUGGUCACCUGGCUGCCCACCUGUCCAGCUGCACAUCCCCUCCCUCUGGCUCCAUCUGCAGCACUUCCCUGUGUUGUCUCCUGGUGCUCUGGAGGUGAGCAGGAGUAGGAGAGUGACAGCAGGACCACGUGUGUAACGUUUGAGAGGCUUUUAGUUGAUGUUGUUUUAAUGAGAUGCUUUUAGGUCCAUGCUGCACUGGUAUUCUUUAACCUUCACUGCCACAGAUUCUUUCUCCCCACCCUCUUCACUUAAAUCAGAUUGGCAAAAUACGUUUGACUUGGAAAAAAACCCCAAAACAACCCCAAACCCUGCUGAUGGGAUAAGUUAAUCCUCUUCACUGCGCUUUGAUUUGAUUUCUCAGGAUACCCAGAGGUUUUUCACUGCUGCUGAGAGGGGACAGGACACCUUUUUGGAAACUUCAACCACUGUAACAGUUUUCCAGAUGUGCGUGUGCGUGUGUGUGUGUGUGUGUAGCCCGGCACUGUGCGUGCGUGUGUUCUGCUGAAUAUUAUGUGCAUCUCUGAAACGCUUCAAACAACUGCCUGGAAGUCAAAAACCAACCACCUCUUUCCAGUCAUAUGUUUGCCGUGACUUUUCAUAACCACACUUGAAACUAGUGGUCUUGGAUGGAAAUAUUCAAAGAGCAGGGCAUCUUUAUAGCAAUGGUAUGUCAGUCGAAUUACGGAAAAUGUACACAAAAAUAAAUAAAUGAAAUUUAAAAGGAA